AUGCAUCAGCAAACAGAGAACAUGAAAGAGCUAUCCAUUCGAUGUUAUAAAUUUGAUCCCAAUAAUUUCCUUGGAUACGGUAAAGUUUCUUUGCGAAAAUGUGCUUUGGAAGAAGUGGAAAUAUUACAAAGAAUUAAUAACAGUUUUUUGAUGCAAAAUAUUGGAGUUUACCAUUUGGAAGGAGAGGGUGACAAUGACGAUGUUUUUUCAAUACAAGUGAUCGGAAUUUCUCUCAACGAUACUCAAGAAAUUUAUUUGCCUCUCUAUCCUACAGAGGUGAGUUCUCUGCUAGGCUUUGAAUUUUCUUCAAGUGUAAGUUGUGUUAUCUUGUAUGACACUGAUCAACAAUCAAAAAAGACUGUAUCUUGGAACAAGGUGAAGGUUCUUAAAAAAAUUGCUUUCAAUUCUUAUGAUAUGUUAAUCAAGAUAGUGAAAGACAAAACUGAAAUGCACGACUUGACUUUUGUACCAUUACCACAGGAAAGAAUUCUUUUUGUGAAAGGCCUGGAUCAAGCAUUAAGUGUUGAAUUGUCAGAUCAAAUUUCUAGCAUCCUUCAUAUUUCAAAUUGUCAACAUAGAGAUCUUCAAAGAUUGGCUUAUCAUUUAAAGAAGAAUAAUGAAAUUUCACCAGAAUCCUAUGAAUAUUAUAUUUCUAAUCUUGAUGAUAAAUCAGGAAUUGAUAAAUUGGACUCUAGUGAUGAUAUUAAUAAGUUUAUUGAGAGCUCAAAGUGCCAAGAGCCAGACUUUCAACGAAUAUUAGCUCUUACUUCAACCAUCUCUUGGAAUAGUAUCAGUGCAUAUUUUAUGAAAAGAAUAUUAUACGAAAUUUCACGGGAUAUUAAAAAUUUAGAAAUCAUUCAACGAGCAUUCUCAAACCAAUACAAGAAUUUAGAACUAACUGAUAAUAGAGACAAGGGACUAGAUUCUCAAUACUUUGACACUAAUUCUCUGUAUAUUCUACCAUGUUAUUAUGUCCCUUCUAAAAAUGUAAUUCAGGACUCUUCCAAUAAGAAAGCUAACAAAAUCUCAAGAAGCGAGAUUAAUAAGGAAGAGGAUGUCACUUUUGAAAUGAAAACCAGAGUUAUGAAGAAAACUACUGACAUGAAACAAAUAGUUAAACAAUUAAGAUUAUAUGAAGCUAGAUACCCAUCAACUAACGAAUUGAAUUACUAUAUUGGAAUAUCUGUUAAUGAGGAAAUAUAUUUUCCACGAAAGAAAGAAGAUUUUAUCAAGAUAUUGAAAGAUAAUAUUAGUGAUUGGAAGAUUGGAAAUAAGGAUGGACGUUAUGGAGUAAAAGCUUGUGGUAAAAGAUUUAAAUUGAAUAACAAGACCUAUACGAAUACUGAAAGACAUCAAAUGCCAGAUAUUUUCGAAUAUUCUUCAAUGGUUCAAAGGAAAUACUUUAAUGGAAUGAAAUCUUUCGAUCUGGUCAUUAGUAAGGAUGACCUUGCAGUUCAAAAGAAGAGCGUUCUCUCAUCAUGCUCCAAGUUUUCAUCAUCUUCCGUAGCUUUCACUCAUCAUCAUAAAUUUGCCAGUGUUAGACUUUUCUCAACAAACAAUGUACAUAGAGAACAAGACUCUGAAGUCAGAGGUAUUAUAACUCCUGAAUUAUUCACAAAAACUCGCCAAGAAUUGAGACAACUCUUCACAUCAGAAUUGGAGAAGAUUGUUACAAAAAUAACUCAAGAAGAAGGAUACACUCCAAACGACGUAUAUAAUUUUGCUUUGGGAGAACAAAGUUUGAGAUUUAAAGUUUUCAGAACCGCUAUGGUUCGUUUCGGAAGAGAAAUUCCUAAUGCUGAUUUACCUAAAAUUCUCAAGGUUAAGGACCUCGUGGAAUGGUUCAUUGUUAAACUUGAAAAGGAGAGACCACCACAAACUUAUGAAGUCCCAGAAAAUGUUAAAUUAUUCGUUGAAAAGCAUCAAGGAGCAAAGAAUAGAAAGAUAAACGAAAAGGGAGCCUUUGUUGAAUCCCAACAAUAAAACAACAAAAUAAAAGGAA